CGUCAGUGUGUGUAGACCACGCUACGAGCUUCCUUCCAGAAGAGCACUAGUGGCCCGACCGUCACAACCCAAAAGCUUGAUCAUCCUUGGCACUAGGGUCAAACGGGUCCGCCCCUAAUUGUUAAUACUAUUUUUGCCACCUCCACGUUCCAGCUUAUCUACUCCGUUACUGAUAGAUGGACCUUAUAGUCACCAUUAGCCCUACUCUACCACUAGUUUCACUACCGCUGGCGGGUAAGACUUAGCGUUUUCGUCUUUGUUGCGUCAUCCCUUUUGACUGACAACGACGAGGCUUAUAUCAUCCACUUGGCAGCUCCAGACUUCCGAUUUCUACGCAUGCUACGACAGCCUAACCUCGGAACACUUCUAUAGUAUGAGUUUCGCUGUGAAGCAAAGUAAAGGAUGCGCACCGUGUCGAGCAAAGAGGACCAAGUGUGAUCAAGCAAGGCCAUCCUGCAGUCAAUGUAUCCGGGCUAGACGCAGCUGCCAUGGAUAUAAGGAUCUGUCAGAACAUCGAUUCGUUGAUCAGACCCAGAAAUUCGUUCGCCAAGGUCGUGCUAAAUCGUCACCAACCCCAACUAGUUAUGGCUUCAUUUCUAGCGAGACUUCAUCCCGUCGUUCAUGUCCUGAGUCUGCCAGUUAUGGCUUCGCUUUCAGUCAGAGUUCAUCUCGCCAUUCAAGUCCUGAGUCUGAGGUCUUAGCUGAAAUAAUAUCCCCAGCUUUGCGCGAUUCCCUAGAUUUCCAGGCCACGUGCUAUUUCUUGAGAAACUAUUCCUGGGAAGGAGGUCAAUCUGCCAAGGGCUUUUUCGAUUACAUCCCAGACGUUAUAAACUGCCAAGGGACCGUGGGAACUGCUUUGACCGACGUGGUUAUAUCCCUUGGCAUGGUUGGUAUAUCACAUACCAAAAGCAACAAUUCGAGUGUUAUGUAUGCAGCCAAAGUAAAGUAUAACCGUGCAGUAAGCGCUACGAACAGGGCAUUAUGCACUCAAGAUGCCAAAGCCGAUCAAACACUCAUUACAGUGAUGUUAUUAGGAUUAUUUGAAACAAAUACAUGCAAUACUCCAAGGUCAAUGAAAUCUUGGACCCAGCACAUUAAUGGCGCCGCACAGAUCUUGUAUCUUCGCGGUAAAGAACAACUUCAAACAGAAACAGGCCGCCAAAUAUUCCGCUACUUGCGGACCCAAAUUAUAAUCAACUCUAUGCAAAGGCGUGCAGCAAUUCCCGAAACCAUCACCUCCUGGUCACUCUUAUCCCUCCCUUAUGAAAGCGGCGAAGACCUUACUGCAAGCAAACUCUCCUUUCUGGUCAUCGAAUUCUGCAACCUACGCUCCCUCAUGACUUCAAUGCAUGACUUCACUAACUCUGCUGCCAUUGUAUCCGCCGCGUUGAUGAUCGAAGCUUCUCUUGCUGCCUGGGCGGCGGAAAGUCCAUACCGCUACAACAUCGUACCUCUCAUGGCCCGCUCCGAUGCCGUAUUCGCGGAUUAUUAUCACACAUACUCCAGCAUUUUGACUGCCACCUCUUGGAAUAGCUACCGCAGCGUCCGCAUUUUAUUGAAUGAACUUCUCAUCGUCCAGUUGAGCCAUCUAUGCCACUCCGAAUUCCAGUACGAAGAUGAGGAUGAGGAAUUCCCGAAUUUAGCCGAGGACAGCCAAUUCUUAUUGCAACAGCAGUACCAAUCCCAGAUAUCCCACAGCCGCACUGUCAUUGUCCAACUUACACAGGAUAUAUGCGCGACCGUGCCCUACUACCUCUGCGACGCGCCUUCUGGGAGCUAUCUACUCACCGAAUAUCCACAAUCAGAGCAUGUACCCCGUGCCGCCUGCGGCAAUUUGCUACUCUGGCCACUAUUUACAGCCGCGUGCACGAAUAUGGUGUCGAAUGUGAUGAGGGCAUGGGUAGUACAGCGGCUGGAAAAGAUUGCGAAUGUUAUGGGCAUCCAGCAGGCGAGGGCGUUGGCGAUUUUACUAGGUUUGAGAAAAGAUCCGCCAACGUGGCAUGACACGGAGCUAACGAUACAAGAAAAUGGGACGACUGACGAGUGGUAAUCGUUGUAUAUUAUAAGAUAUUAGAUUUUAAGACUUGGAAAUAUAGACAGGUUAAAUGACA